ACAAGAAGUGACGGCCUAAAUUUAGAGCCUUUAGCGCAAACACCAAGUUGACAGAACUAGUGGGUGGCUCUUCGCUAAGCCCUUCGUGUGUCAGGGAACCGAAGAGCACAGGUGGCUCAUGUUCCUGUAAUAUCGGAUCGAGGAUGCUUAUACCUGUCGUCUUAGGUCUUCGGGCACUGCGUGGAGUGUCGCCUCGUGCCUCUGAACCCACGCGAGCGUCUCAAUGGUAAAAGAAAGUCGAGGGUGGAUCAAGCGGGGAAGAUGAGAUAAGUGAAGUGAAGCGAAGUGGGGACAAGACCGAAGCUUUGAAUCAAAACGAGAACGAGAACGGGGAUGAGAUUUUAAAGGAGUACGAGAACGAAGGCGAGAUACUGAACGAGAGCAAGAACGGAGAGACGAGAAUUCAAACGAGGACAGAUACGAGAAACUGAAAACGUGGGACGAGAAUGUAAAUGAGUACGUGAAUGAAGACAAAGUGUAGGACGGUUACUUGAAGGGACGUUGAAGGAAAAAAAGAGCAAAAACUGGGACGAGAAUUGAAACGAGAACUGAAAACGAAGACGAAAAAAAUAUGGCCGAGAAGGAAAUCUGAAUGAAACUGAGAGAAAACGAAAUCUAAACGAAAUCUGAACGAAACAAAAGAAAACGAAAAAUAACGAAAAAAUCGAAAUCUUAAAGAAAUCUGAACAAAACUGAGAACAAAGACGAAAAACGAAGACAAAAAUAUGAACGACAGAGCAGCUCACCUGAACGAAACUAAAAACAAGAACGAGAAAGAAAUUUUAAAGAUAACUAUUUUGAACUGAAACGAAAUAUUGAAUCAGAACUGUGUGAACGUGUACGACGACUUGAAAAAGAAAAAGAAAGGAGGGUAACAAAAGCAAUAACAGCAAUAGCACAAGAAAACAGCAUCAGAACAACAGCGUUACAGAAGAAAGCAAAGAAUAACACAAAAAAGAAUAGAAAGGGCAGUGAACUAAAGACGAGACUCAGAAAUAAAACAAAGAAAUAGGUCGGUAACAAUAUCAAUAAAAACAAGAAAGAAAACUAUUUAAACAAGUGAUAACGAAAAAAAAAAAAAACUACUAGAGUGGUAUAUAACUAUGAGAGUGUGAUUUUAAUAGUUGAUCCACCUUACGGAGAGAAAAAAAAGAAAAGAAAUGAAGAACUGUUUUCGAUAAGUCCUUCCUCAAAGAACUCAAAGAAAAUGGACUAAGAUUACCGGGGUGAGAAAAGAAGAAAAGAGAAAAGAAAGAAGUAUAGGUAGAUAGUAACAAUGAAAGUGAUGUCAGACUCCUCCGUCCCAUCCACGUCACUUCUCUUCCUCUUCACUGUCCAGUAUGGCAUGGCGGCAGCGGCGGUGGCGGUGGUGGAGGUCCUGGGGGCGGGGGAGGAGGUGGAAAAGAGCACGCCCCUCCUCCCUUGCAACAGCACAAGCAGCAGCGGGGCCCAGGACGUCUUCGUGUGCUACCCCGGCGUGUGUGUGUCACUGGGCCUGAGGUGCAACGGCGUGCCUGACUGUCCUGACGGGGCUGACGAGGCGGUGGUGGAAUGCGGUUGUCUGCCGAACGAGUACCAAUGUGGCGUGACCUGCAUUGACCUCGGCCGCCGCUGUGACACCAGACCUGACUGCCCCGGCGGUGAGGACGAGCAGGACUGUGAGACGCACGAGUGCCCGGUGACGCAUUUCAAGUGUGAGAACCACCUCUGCGUCCCCAGCGAGUUGGUCUGCGACUUCGACGACCACUGCGGCGACGGGUCCGACGAGCACCAGUGUCAUCACCGCAAGUGCUGGAAGGCGGAGUUUGAGUGCGACAACGGGCAGUGCAUCAGGCCGGGCCGCGUGUGUGACGGCGACCUGCACUGCAAAGACGGGUCGGACGAGCGCCACUGUCUGCCAGGUGACUUUGCCGUGUGUGGGUCCGGUUCGCGCGUCCACCGGUACUACUGGUGUGACGGCUGGCCCCACUGCUCCGACAACCACGCCGAUGAGCUGAACUGCGGGGAGUGCGGCGGCCCGGGGCGGGAGUACCGCUGCCCCAAUACUCGCUGCCUGCCCGCCGCCAACGAGUGCGACGCUGUGUGUGACUGUCUGCCCGGCUGCGAGGACGAGGCGGCGUGUUCCGAGCACCCAAACGCCACCUACCUCAUCACGGACGGUGUCAAGAGGUGCCAGGUGGGGGAGGCGCUGGGGUGUCAUGUGCCCAACGGAGACCGGAGGCUGGACCGCUGCAUCUCGGAGUCCCACAUCUGCGACGGCCACAACGACUGCCACAACGGGGGCUACCUGUCCGACGAGUAUGGAUGCGAGACCAGCCCGUGUCCAGGUGAGGGGGGCCCGGCCGAAUCAGGUGUGAGCUGGUUCAGGUGUACGGACGGCCGCUGCCUCCCGCCUCACCUGCAGUGUGACCACAAUCCCGACUGUCUGCACGGCGAGGAUGAGGCCAACUGCUCCAUUCCCGCAGCCUGUCAAGACGGAGAGUGGCGGUGUGAGUCGGGCCAGUGCAUUCCCGACUCCGCCCGUUGCGACCUCGCCUUCCAGUGCCUCGACAAGUCCGACGAGAUAGCCUGCGGUGAGGGACUGUGCACCGUCACGCAGGACAGGAUCCCGCCUCUCAAGACGCCUGCAGGGGGCCUGGCAGUAAAGAGCCAGGAUAAAGCUGACCUCCUGGCAACCCACUUCAGUAGCAAGAUGACUGUCGAGGAGCCAGACAGGCAGCCGCCCCUCCUCCCCCGUCUGGGUAACUUUGUCCUGGAAAACCUGGAGAUCACGGAGGGCACAGUGGCCAAGCACCUCCGAGACACCAACACCAGGAAAGCCCCAGCCUUCUCGUGCUCGUCCUCGGCCCCGCAGUGUGAGUGUCGGGACAUCAGCAUCAAGUGUCAGCGCCUCGGCCUCACGCGCCUGCCGAGGGACAUUGAGCCACAGAUAUCCAGGUCACUCCUGUGGCUAACGGACUGA